CACAAAUGCUAGGUUCACGUUUUCGUAGUUACAACUAUGUGGCGGUAUGCUAGUACCACGGAGAAAGUUAAAUUAUCACGUGUUACACAAAUCCCUUGAAUUUUUUCAAGAAAAAUCCUUUACCACGUGUUAAAAGUAUAAUUAUAAAAAGUUUCAAACAAAAUGCCGAAAUCUAAAAGGGAUAAAACCAUAUCGCUGACAAAAACCAGUAAAAAAGGUAAAUUAUUGAAAGAACAUUUGGUAGAGGAUGUACGCAAUUGGUGUACAAAAUAUAAACACAUAGUAUUGUUAUCCGUACAAAAUAUGCGCAAUAAUAAAUUAAAGAAUUUAAGAAAUGAAUGGAAUGACAGCAGAUUUUUCUUUGGGAAGAAUAAAGUUAUGGCAAUAGCCUUGGGUAAAACACAGGAAAAAGAAAUUCUCAAAGGAGUACAUGUUUUAUCGAAUGCAUUAGUUGGUCAACGUGGAUUAUUGUUCACUAAUCGUAAAACCAAAGAGGCAUUAAAAACGAUUAGGGAAUACGAAGAAAUUGAUUAUGCACGUUCUGGUUUUAUACCAAAUGAAUCAAUAGUAUUACCAGAAGGUCCAUUGACAGAAUUUCCACAUAGUAUAGAACCACAUUUGAGGCAAUUAGGUAUGCCAACAGCAUUGGAAAAAGGAGUUGUUACAUUGAUCAAAAAAUUUAAAGUCUGCAAAAAAGGAGAACCAUUAACGCCGGAACAAGCUAGAAUUUUGAAAUUAUUGGGAAAACCUUUAGCUACAUUUAAAUUAAUUCCAUUGGGCAUUUAUUCCACCAAGAAAGGGUUUAGAACACUUUUAUCGGACGAUACUAAAGAAAACGGUGUUGAAAAAAUGGAAGUAGAGGAUGAUAUCGUUACUACAUAAUGUUAAUAUAUUACACACAUUUAGAAAAAUAAAUAUUUUUUUUAAUUUAUAGUACGUAAUUGUAUUUAAAUACUUCUAUCAUUAAAGUUUGUACAAAAUCUAAAAAGCUCGUUAGCAUGUAUCAUUUUGUUAUUAUUUAAUGAAGUUAUUCUUUUUAAUAUCGAAUGAUAAAUUCUUUACAUAUAUAUACAAUUACAACAAGCGUUUGAAAUAUUUCAAAUGUGUAUCAUCAAAAUUCAAAACAAAUGAUAUUAAAAUAAUCUAACUUUCAACUUCAGAUUGUUAAAUUGUUAAUGAUGUAAUACCAAUCUAAAUCAUAAAGUAAAAAAAACUAAUAAAAUUAAAUCUAAA